UUCAAGAUGUCAGCGCCCAUGUAACCGUGCACGCACAUCUUUACUCCGCCUCUUUAUUACACAAUGGAAGAAGACAACGUUAAUUUUCGUGAAAAGAAUAUGGAACAACUUAACCGUCUUUCUGUGGUUGCUAUGAAUAUCACAACGCCAUUGUCAAAUUACUACACAUUCGAAGCAGCUUCUCUAAACAAAAAGGCAACAGAAAAAUUGAAGGAGUGUCCAUCAUGUGGUCAUACUUACCAGCAACCUGAGGAUGUCUUCCGACUUCGGGCCAAGAUUCCUUUGACAGGAAGAGUCCGCAAACUUCUCAGGAAAUACAUGCAAAACAAACAUUCCUUGGGAAAGUGUCACCUCCAUAUGGUAGAGAGAUACCUUGCUAGCACAAAUUCAAUGAAAAUAACAUGCAGUAUUUGUGGAAAAAGUGAGAAAAUGCCUGGCCAACUGCGUAGGAAGAGAGAGGAACAAAAACUGGCCCAGAGAAGUCCGUCUGAAGAGAUAAGUGGUAUUCCAGUUAAAACAAGGAAAGAAAAACGAAAGGAACUGAAACUUAGGAGCAAACAGAGAAAACGUGAAGAGAUGAAAGACAAGGAUUUGAUUGGUGCAGCUUCAUCAUCUUUAGAACGGGCUUCUUUCACGUUUUUGGAUGAUAGCACAUCUCCAUCUUCUGGGAAGUCUUGGGGUGAGAUGCAGAGAGGUGGAUUGACCCCUACAACUAGUCAGGGAGUCUCCAAAGUCACAGGGUCCUCUAACAGUGACCAGAAUUUUAUCAAGGACACAGUGACCUCUAAAAGUAUCCACAGCAAAAGCCCAAUGACCUCUGAAAUUAUUCAAAGUUCUAUCAAGGACAAAGUGACAAAGUCUGGACCAGUCAGUAGUAAAAGUGCCAAACGACUUAAGUCCAAAAGUUCACACCAGCUACUCGGCCAGAUGCUGGCCCAGCAGAGUAAGGGCAGUCAAGGGGGCUCACUCAAAGACUUUUUAUCAACUUUAUAAAUCGAUGUAUCUCCUAAAUCAAGACCACUGGAAUUUCUGUUCAUGUUAGCUACAGUCAACUCCAGAAGACUGAAAUUAUGAACAAAAGAAAGUAGCUCGCCCCAUUUUGUGAUAACAUUGACCUUGUGUAAAAUAACAUCUAUUCAUACUAUCGAUACAUGUUUUUGACAAUGCUAUGCAAAUUUAGCUUUGAAGAAGCUCACAUGUUGUGUAAAAUAGCAAGUAGUUACUUUUGUUAUGUAAAACUGCUGUUGUUUGCCAUGCUUUAUAAAGCUGUGUAGCAGUUGGCCCGGUUAUGUAAACAAGUCAACCACGCUCUGCAUUUGAUUUUUGUACUGCAUUGGACUAACCAAAGGAAUUGGAAGUAACCCAAGAGCCUGCAUCUUCCAGAACAGUGUGCUCCGAUUGCAAAAUACAGGUUUAUACACAGUGUAGCACUAGCAGUGGAGUGUUUAUGUGUAUCUGUAUUAUGUCCAAUGACUAGUAUGUGUACCAGAUCAACCUUUCUCCCACCCCUCACAGGUGUGUCUCCCUUUUAAACCGGAAAAGAUCAGCUUUUCACCUCCUAGGGGGGAGAUAGCCUCGUGCAGAACAGUGAUCCAAGUCAUAUACACCCAUAACACUGUGAGGUCCCGUCAUCGAACAGUAGCAAACCAUAGAAGACAACUCUGGCUUUGCUGGAAAGACGUGCAAUCAACGCUUAUAGUUCACAAUCACCGCUUGUCGGUGGAUUUGUGAGUGAAACAGGAUGGGAGAAAAACAAUCAUCCCCUACAAUGAGGGUGUAACAGAGAAAUCUCAAACCCUCCGGAUGGUAUUCUUGAAUGUCUUGCCCUCGGGUAAGACAAUCAAGAAUAUCAUCCCUCGGGUUAGAGAUUGCUCUGUCACACCCUCAAGGUAGGGGAAGAUUCUAUUGGUCAACUUGAUUGCUAUUUUAAACAAUUUAGUGUACUUAUACUUUACUGGUCACUUGUGUGACAGUCAUUAAAACACCAUACAUAAAUAUUUCACUGGUUGUGCUAUAUGAACCCGAGUAUAUGAGCUAACGUCUACUAGCAGUGAACUUCGAGUCCAACUUGAUGCAGCACUUCUUCCUUUAUUGGUAGCAGUGAAACACAACCAGCUGUUAUGCGCCUCUUUGUAUUCACCCUCAUCCCCAAAGACAAGAGCAUCAUAGUGCAUCCUUCAAGAUGACAGCCUCUUUAAUUUGAACAAUAUUUCACUAUCUAAAAUAUAUGCCAAUACUAUGAAAUUAAGAAUAGUGAAAACUGUCAGCAGUGGUUGUUUACAAACUUGUGAGGAUUUCGAUUGUUUAGUUAUAUUAUAUACCGUAAACAUAUAUAUUUUAGCAGUAAUCUUAUUUCAGUGCAGUUCCUGUAUAGUGGUUUUCUAUGGCAUUUUCAAUUACACCUCGAUUUAUUGACAACAUAUUUCUGUGUCCCUUGUUUUCUCAAGAAUUCCUUUAUCCCUCAAUUUUUCACCAAACCCCUUUAUAACACCAACAUCUCUCUCUGGACAAAUAGUGGCAGUAUAACAAGGUUUUAUUGUUCAUAUCCAGUAAAUCUUGCAAUUGUGUCCUAGUGCUAGAAGUUAAAAAUCUGGUUGAAAAUUAUCCCAUCAUUGUGUGGAGAUCCCCUAGCUGUAACUUUGACACUGAAUAUAUAACCUUGAUCUUCAACUGGUCUCUAAGAUUAAUGUAUGAUUUGUGUAAAGUUUCACGAAAUUCAGUUGAAAUUUUUUAGUCCAGGUUUCCCAACAUCAUAUAAUAAUCCUGUAGUCAUCAUUUUGACCUACCUUCAACCGAUCUUGAGAGGUUUCAGGAAAUUUGAUAGCAAACUUAUGUCAGGAACCAGCAUACUGUAUUUACUUCUAUCAUAAUGUGAAGGUUCUGUAGAUGGGGUCUUGUCUUUAACCUUCCAAUGGAUUCCAGAUCGACAUCAGGAAAACUUUUGUGAAGUUUUGUUGAAAACUUUGGUCAGGCACCUAGACAAGCCAAAUGUACUAUUUUCACACCAUCAUGUGACUUUGACAUUCAAGUGGGCUCCAGUGACUGAUGUCAGAAAUGUUAAUAAAAUUUGAUUGGAAACUCUAGUCCGUCACCUAUCGUCAAUCUACAUGUCAGAUUUCCCCAUCAUCAUGUGAAGAUACUGCAGCUAUGACCAUGACCUUGUCUUUCAACUUGGCCCCAGAGAUUAACGACAGGAUUAUUUGUGUUAAGUCAUCUAGUUUAACACUCCAGUCGGGAAGCUGCAGACAAGCUAAAUUCGGACAGAUAUACAAUCUGACAGGCCAGCAUAUUGUGAACACAAA